AUGAAAGCAUAUACGAUAUAUUUAACUUGGUCGUUUGCUCGGAUCGUGCUCCUUGGUGAGGGGCAAAGUCAAGAGUCAUGGACUUCACUCAACAUAUCCGUAGACGGACGUCUCCAUGCAAUUCGACCAUUUGCGCUGCCAUGCUACUCGUUAUAUGACGGGAAUGAAGUCGCUAUCGAUGAAGUGGCUUGCACCGUUGUCCGAGAGGAAUAUUCUACAAAUUUAAUACGCGCUGAAAAACCCAGUGGCUAUAUGAAUCUCCAGGGUGAGAUGUGUCUAGGAGAUCCCAUGAACCAGUGUACAUUAGAUAACACGAUAGUUCCGGCAGCCCAGCCCGCUCCAGGGGCUUCGUGCAACCAAGGCAGCAUUCCUUCGUACUACAUUAAGGUCGAGAAAAUUUCGGAUAUUAUUGCAGCUCUAAACUUUACCCAGUAUCAUGGAGUCCCCUUAGUUAUUAAGAACAGCGGGCAUGAUUACAUGACUAGGAACAGCCAGAAAGGGUCAAUCGCUCUUUGGGUACACAAGUUGCAAGGCCUUACUCUCCAUAAUGACUUCAUUCCAGAGGGAUGUGGAGCAGACUUGAGGGUUGGCCGGACCAUUACCGCGGGCACCGGUGUCAGCACGGGAGAUAUUUACAAUUUCGCAUAUGAACAUGAAAGCACAUUUAUUGGUGGUUAUUCCCCGUCGGUUGCGGCUUCUGGGGGUUGGGUUCUUGGUGGUGGACACAGCGUGUUGUCACCAGUGUAUGGCCUUGGAGCUGAUCGUGUCGUUGAAUUUAAGAUCGUGACGCCUGAUGGGGUUGUUAGAAUUGCAAAUCAAUGCCAGCACGAAGAUUUGUUUUGGGCUCUGCGAGGUGGCGGUGGAGGGACAUUCGGCGUUGUGCUGGAAGCUACUCAUCGUGUUGAACCGUUAAUACCUGUCGCUGUCGCAAGCAUCAAACUACCUUCGAAUAUCACAGCAGACACAUCUAUAAAGUGGAUUGAAUUGAUGGCGCGGGAAUCCUUAGCUUGGGGUAAACAAGGAUGGGGAGGCCACGCGGGAGGCACAUAUCUGACUUACAUGAAUCCUGCACCGGGGAUAGCUAACUUAACCGACGAUGGAACUGAUGCCAGGAACUCUAUGAGAAGUGCAUCAGAAUUUGCACUUGCCCACGGGGGAGAUAGUAUGGUAGAGGUUCUCCCUAACUUUCUCGACGUGUGGAACAAAUACGUCUUACCAGGGGCUAUGACAACAGCUGGGGUCACUCGUGUGCUGGCAACGAGGCUUAUACCCCAGAAGUUAUUUAGCGACGAUGCUGGAAUUGAGAAAUUAAUGGACUUCAUAAAGACUACACAGAAGUUAGGAUUUGACCCACGGAACUUUUAUUGCCCGGCAGAUACACCCUUUGUAGUAGACAACGCGACGAAGCUGAGAAUGCGGAACAAGACGAGGGCAACAACUUCCGUCCAGCCAGCCUGGUAUAAUUCCCUCUGGGAUAUUUCUACAUCAUUAACUAUUGCCUGGAACGCGUCAUACGCCGACCGCUUGAAAAAUCUAACUGCUAUUACAAGAGGAACGCUUCUGGCGGAGGAGUUAACAGGUACCGAUGGAGGGACGUACCCGAACGAAGCGAACCCCUUCACUACGAACUGGCAAGAGUCUUGGUGGGGAGAUAACUACGAAGCUUUACUCCAAGUUAAAAGGAAGUAUGAUCCAAGGGGGCUCUUGAAGUGCUGGAAGUGUGUGGGGUUUGAAAACAAGGACAUCUUUACCGACAGAUUCAGUUGCCAGGGAAAGUUACAAGUGGAUGUCGACCGUAACGUGGCAAAUAUUGUAUGA